AUGGCGCAGCGGGAAAUGGCCCGUGAGCGCGCGCGCGUGCUCGCCAAGCUCAAGCUCAAGUACGGCCAGAAGCGGGACGAGAUCCAAUCCAAGCGGCGCGAACGCUACUUUGCCCACAAAAUGGGCCUCUUCACACGGUCGCAUCAGCCCAGGCUUCAGCGGCUCUCGCUUGCCUACAUUCUCAAUUAA